AUGUCGAUAGAGAACCAAGCUAUCGCCCGGCAGUUGACCAGACCAUGGAAGGCUGGUGAUGUCUAUGCUCCUCACGACCUGAGCGCCGCAGAAGCUCGCAAAUGGAGGGUCAAACAUCGUCCCACCACUGAUGCCUUCGACGCCUUAUCUGUCAACCCUCUGACAUUGUACAAGAACUUCUCUGUCAUGUCCGAGUACGUCACGGAAAUGGGCCGAAUUCGACACUCCAAUUCAACCGGAUUGCGACCGGUCAAUCAAAGAAAGAUCGCCAAGGCCAUUCGGAGAGCCAUUGCGCUAGGGUUGAUGCCGAGCGUGCACAGACAUCCUGAGAUUCUGAAGAAGGAGAUAUCGACGAGACUGUCGAAUUCUGGACGAGUAAGAUGA